UAUCGAUGCAGUUUUAUAAACAGAAUUCUAAAGUACAACAAAAGCACAAAUUGAGCAGCUGGCGCACGAAAAAGCACCCAACUCGGCCCCGCUCGCACCUCGGCAUCUCCUGCGGCGGGAGGCGCAGCGCCCAGACCCGCGCCUCCGCUCCCUUCAAGGAAAUCGCUUUGCGCCCGCCAAGCAAUUAUGCAAGUUGCAGCAGCGGAUCUAACUGUACUCGCCGCCAGUGGAACAGCAAGAGGAGGAGGAGUGGGAGCCCCCCGGGCCCGAGCCCAUGACCCUUGACAACCCGGGGCAGGCACCGCCACCGCUAGAAGACGAGUCCACACAAUCGACAUGAACCAGAGACAUUCCGAACCAUUCUACAUAUCGCCCCGGCUGUUCGACAACCGGCGUCUAAAGCGGCGUCGUGGUCGGUGGAUGGAACGCCUGCUUGAGCACCAGCGUAUCUGCAUGGCACGGAUGCGCGCCCAAGCGGCUCUCGCCUCCAAGACUGACCGGCAGCUGUCCCAACUGCAGCGGCGCCAUGUGGCUGCCACUCUGCAGGCGGACGUGACCAUCGACCUGCUGUCGGACGACGAUGACACUCCAUCGGCUGGACAGUCCACGGCAGCUGGCCACAAUCGCCUCCUGAUUCCUGUCCCUAGGCACAGCUUGCACCGGGCACCCAGAGUGGGCAGAAGACAGGCGCCGCGCAGAGCUGUCAUCCACUCACACCCCGUGACCGAGAGCAUCCUGAUAACCAGCGACGACGAGCACAACGAGCAGAAACCCAGCAGCACGCUAAGAGUGCGCUCCCAGCUCUCCAUGCGCUCGCCGCCACCACUCGCACCGCUCACACAGUCGGAGACCAUCGAAGAGGUAACUGUUUCGUUGGUGCCGCGCACCUCCACCACUGCCAACUGCCAGACGCGAGUGUCAGGCCACGCCAAACCCUGUCGAGCGUCCACGGUGGCCAGCAAUGGGUUCGUCAUCGCCGAAGGCGGGGAGGGUGGCAAUGAAACGGGCUGUUUUCUGGAGGUGGACGUGGGCGGGGGCAUCACAGCCACGCUGCCGGACGAGACGACCGUUCACACGGUCAUCGCCAACCGUAUUUAUGAACUUUCGCUGAGCAAACUACGCGAAGGCCUGGCCUUUAGUGGAGUGCCGGAGUACACGCACGACCUGAUGCCGGAACAGCUGCAGAAACUGUCGCCGGCAUUGCGCGCCAAAGUGGCGCCCUUGGUGGCUCCCUCGCCGCCCACGCCCAUCUCCCUAAAACUGUCCAGCGACCUCAGCAUAUCACUGAUCUCAGACGAAGACGACUGCGAAAGCACCGGUACACAUGCCAACGGAGGAGACGGCACCGAACCAGUACACCCUGUCGUGGUCGCUGCAGCGGAGGCGCACGCCGCCGCCAAGCUGCUCAAGCAGCAGCAGCCACAACUCUCGGUGGUGCAACAUCUGCAGUAUGUGGGCGGCGGACUCGCAACACCAGUGGCUCUGGCCCUUCCGGUGAUGGCAGCGAAUCCGACCUCGUCCGCUUCCGUCGUUGCCUUGCCGCUGCAGCUGCCGCGACGCCGAAAGCUGGGAUGAGCUGGAUGACUGAUGACUGAAGACCAGCCAGAACCGAGUCCCCAUCGCCAUAAUAUCAUUCCCCGAGCCGGACGCACGGCAUAGACUUUAACUAGCAGUGGCUAGAAGUGCAAAUAUGAACGUAGGUUUAGCGACAACACAUCACUGCUUCCCAGUUAUCCUUGAAUCCGCGACUAGUCACAUUGUCCGGUUGAUUUUUGAUUCCUUCCCCUCUCUCCCAAGCACCUUCUCUCUCCAUCUCACUCACUCACAGUUGCCCAUUAAUCUCCCUGUCUCUGUCAUUCUCAUAUUUUAAGCUUUAAAUGAAACGAGACGACAACGUACAAAUGAAAGUAGAAAAGCAUCAACCCACAUAUACCCAUAUACAUUGUUGCGAAAAAAACACAAAUUUCAAAAGAUUAUAAGAGGGAGUAGAAAAUUUGAAGCGAGUGAGAAAGGUGAGCCCAAUAUUUAUAAAGUACAAGUAGUUAGCCUAAGAUAUACUAUGUAUAUGUACAUUUGAUCUAGUGUAUCAUACAUGGUUGAAUCACGUCGUGUAAUCCGUCGCAGUCCGCCGUCUGUAUUACAUUAGCUGAUCACCAAAUCGGAAUAAAUUUUCAUUGUAUAUACAUGUA